GUUGUUGUGGAUAAUCCUAUUACACUUCGAGUUCUACAAGAGGGAUGCUGCAAAGCAUUUCUAGAAAUUGUGGGAGACAUUGAGGAUGUUAUGCAGGAUUAUGAUAUUGCCAUCAUUGAUGGAAAAUCUCAACUAACGUGUGAUGACGAAAUUCCGCAGAGACGUCGAACAUUUGGAUUUUACUGGAAGAAGGUAUACAUUUUAUUAUACAAUUUACCAAUAAUAAUGGAACGUAUACCGUUCAAUUGCACGCUGCAGCAAAAUGGUAAUUUUUAUAAACAAAUAGAAUCCAUUCCCGCGACAACAUCGAAAAUAUGUUGAUUGUUGUGGCAGAAAUAAUUUAAUAAACUUUGAAUUUAUAUUUUUGUCCACAGUGCGGAUGUGCAACACUUAUCCAUGAACAGAGCAUGCAAAUAUAUAUAUAUAUAUAUAUAUAUAUAUAUAUAUAUAUAUAUAUAUAUAUAUAUAUAUAUAUAUAUAUAUAUAUACAUAUAUAUAUAUAUAUAUAUAUAUUUAAUUAUUUAAAUAAAGUACAAAACAAACGUUGUUACUCAGAGUUUCAUGCAUGCCUGAGUUUACAGACAAUCUUCGGACAACUAAAGUUCUGUUAACUAAAUUUGACGGUUUGGUUUUGUUUGCUUGCGUGUGCAUGAUUGCGCACGUUGUUCGAUUGCACGCGAAUGUAUUUUCCCGCCAGAAAUUGUUUUUGGUGGACGCAAUUCGAGAAUAUUUCACUUCUUUUGUUGAGCAGCGAGUUCUUUUUAAAUUUCAUGAUGAAAAGUUUUUCGUCGCUACACAAAUUGCACUGAUUACGUCCCGAUCCGUAUGCACUCGAAUGUUUUAAAAUUGUCCAUUUAAUUUUGUAUGGGCGAUUGCUUUUCUUCAAACUCCAUAUGUACUUAGACAGUUCAGUGUCGUUAGCAUACGUAGCGAUGUUGAAUGAUUUCUGGUGGUUCCUAAAACGCUCCUUGAAGGUUGUAGCCGUAAUUCCAAUAUAGUGCCUUGUUUCUCCGUUGUCCUCCGCUGCGAUCUUUGCAUGGUAGACAAUGCCUUUGGUUAAGCAUUUCUUGUUGAGAGGACACGUAUUCUUAUCUCUGCAAUUGCAUGUUUUGUUGGUGUGUGGCACUGGUGUUGGUGUUGGUUUUAAUGGUGGUGUUGGCGUUAACGUUGGUGAUGGGCGAGAUGGUGAUGGGGGAGGUGGUACUGGUGAUGGUACUGAGUAACAACGUUUGUUUUGUACUUUAUUUAAAUAAUUAAAUAUAUUUAGCUCUACAAUAAAGUAUUGAGCACUUUAUAUUAUAUCAAGAAAACUUGAAUUGUUAUAUAUAUAUAUAUAUAUAUAUAUAUAUAUAUAUAUAUAUAUAUAUAUAUAUAUAUAUAUAUAUAUAUAUAUAUAUAUAUAUAUAUAUAUAUAUAUAUAUAUAUAUAUAUAUAUAUAUAUAUGUGUGUGUGUGUGUGUGUGUGUGUUAUGUUGUGUUUUAAUAUAUAUUUUAUAUUCUAGAAAGGAAUUGAUAGCGGAAACUCCACGACUCAAACAAGCGAUUCGCAUGUACGUAUUAUGAUGAAGUAGCGUUUAUGUCUAUUAUUGAUAUAAGAUACAGUAUAAUAUUUGGAACUGUUGUUUAUUUCAUUUUGUUAGGAAAGUGAACAACACGAAUCUCAUAAUUCUCAAGAACAUGUACAAUCUGAUGGAAUUGGAGAGACAGAAAA